GUGUUCAUGAAGCUGUCGAACGUGGAUAACUAUAGACUUCGGCAGUGGCCAGGACCUCGAAAUGGAGGUCUUCUUAACACCAACACGACCAGAUGUAUGAGAUAUUCACAUUACAGAAGCUAUACUUUUAUUUUUGUGUACAGGUCGCCAUCCACGUGAUGUCUCAGGUAUGGGUUCAGAACCUAUUUCGCACUCCUUCAACUGCUUCGACCCUCCAGCAGACGGACAGACAAAGGAAGCAACCAUGGAUUCAACAGGCAAGACGGCAACGGCAUCAGGAGCAAUGGACUCGACGCUUUACUACAAGGCCGUAGGCUCGAUCGCCAUAUACUUCGCAACGGUCAUUUCAGCUCUCGUUGUGUGCAUCACCCGGACAAGGUUCUCGGCCAGCAAUGCGAUCUACAUCCUCAUCGCCGUCAGCUCACUUCUCACCACCUGGUACUAUAUCCUCUCCUGGUUCAAGAAGGAGUAUGAGGCACACGGAAGUAACCUCGACCGGUUUAUUCUUGAGUCCGACCUCUUUGUCCAAGCAUAUGCAAUUGUCACCAACACCCUCCCCAAAUGGUGGUGGAGCAGCCAACUCCUCAUCCUCACCGGCACCGCCUUAACCUGCUGGUCCGUCGAAGGCCAAUCCCUCCGACUCGAAACCACUACCCUUAACCAGCAAAACAAACGCUCCUCCCCUCAGCAACCCACGAAAUCCUGGACUCCGACCUGGUGGUUCGUCCUCCUCGGCUUCUUCGGCUCCAUGUCCGUCGGUGGGCCCCUCUUUCUUGCCCAACUUGAUCCCACAAAAAAAACUCGCCCCCACGCCCGCACCGUACCUUUGUUCCUCGCGCUCCUGAUCCUCCUUGGCGAGAAGCGCUUCUUGACGGUUAGCCUCCCAGUCCUAUACUUCGUCCUGGCUCUGAUCGCGCUUGUCAGUCACGUCAUGUACACGCUUCCGUUUGUAUUCUCACCCAUCAUGCAGCCCAGUACUCUUUACCGGGCACUCUGGUUCAACCAUUGUCAGACCUCCAUCAGUGCCGACCUGGUCUUCAACAAUCUUCUGGCGGCCGUGUACAUGUUCCAGUCGAGUCGGCAACUGGGCAAGCCUCAUGUUGCAGUCAUCUUGACCCUGGUCAUGCCCAUACUUUCCGUCAGCACUGUUUUACCGCUUUAUCUUGGAUGGAAGGAACGUCAAUCCGUCGUCAAAGAGACUGUAAAACCCAAGAAGGCAUAGCAUAUGCCUCAACUUUCCCCCUUCAUGUAUUCAGGGAUUA